UUCCUGUGCUUAGUUCGGGGUUACGAAGGCCCGAGAAAGGCAUCCCUUGCGUCCUGGGCAGGCACCACACAGACCGUUUUUCACUUCAUCUUCCUCUGAUCACGCACACGCUCAUUUGAUUUGAAGGUUUAGUAACUAUCCAUCUCAUCUAUGCCUUUCCAAAAUCUUUCUCCGGGGGAUGUCAUCUCUGGAGGCACUAGAAUGGUGCGGGCGGGGUUGGAGGGCGGAAAGAUUGUCGGAACCUACGGCAAGCCUGCCCUUGAAAAGUCCGCCAACUUGACAGUUCAGGCAGCCAGCUGGGCCGCUCAAAACCCUAUUCUAGUCACCUGCGCGGUUGUCGGCACCACUGGUGUCGUUGUUCUCGCUGGCCCUGGCCUCGUAACAGCCCCAAUUCUAUCGAGUGUGGGAUUCACAACGGGCGGCAUCCAGGCAGGUUCUGCAGCCGCAGCCGCUCACAGUUGGAUCGGAAAUAUUGCAGCCGGGAGCGCGAUGGCUAUAGGACAGAGUGCUGGUGCAGGAGGGAGUGGCCUUGUAGUUGUCAACGGGGCUGCCCAGUUGGGGGGUGCUGCGAUGACUAUGGGAAGUGCUAGCCUAGCGUGGGUCAAAGCUAAACUAUGAGCACACUUUAUCUUGGUUUGUGUUAAAUCGACAAUGGCCUAUGGGGCUCUCUCUUUUGCACCUAUAGCACCACUCAGUUCCCGGACUUUGGGGCCUAUGGCUUCCCAGGAACGGCCUCAAUCUCUCGAGGAGCUAUAACCAUGAUUCCGAGAGCAGUAGUCGCUACCACGAGUGGCUCGAGUAGAUCCUGGGAGUGAGAAAUGCGUUCCUGGAGUCACCACGAUUUUCAUGUCAAGGAAAGACUGAGAGGAAAGAUCAAGCCCAGCGAACGGCCGUCUCUUGCAAAAC